AUGGAAUCACAAACUUCAUCACUCCAGUAGAAUAAGCAGUCACAUUCAUUAAUUUCACAAUCCUCAGGUUCAAGCAUCCUGGCCCCCAAAUUAAGUGCUAGUAAUAAAACUGGAAACGAUACCUAAAACCUAUAAAGUGAGAGCAUGGCUCAAUAACGAGGGUCUCACUCACCAAUUCAACAAGCCCAGACUAAAAGGAAACCCCCUUUACCCUCUCCAUUCCUAUCUAAGCAUGAUGGCUCCCACUCUAAAUUAGCUCUCUACUCGCAAGCUCAGGUACAGUAAGCUCAACUGCAGGCACUUGGAAACAUCGCUUAAGCAAAUGACAAUAGUAAUAAAUCAUUAGCUUAUAAUUUGAAGAACUAGCAUUAAAUAUCACAGGGGUAAAUUCCAACGGCUCAGAGUAACCCAUCAUAAUUAAAUUCAUAACAAGAGGAAGAGUUUCGUCAGACAUGGGGAAAGAUGAAACCAAGGAUUAGUAAAUAACUGCCUGCACCUUUUAAUGCAAUUAACAACAAAACAUCUAAAGCCAAAGGAAAGAAGGGAUUUAUGCAAUUUAAAAAUGAGAUUGAGGCACAGUAAACUGAAAACUUCUACAAGGACAAGCUAGACAGUGCAGUCAACGCUGAGGAAUUUAAACAAAUGCAAAAUUUACUGCAACCUUUAAAUAUUGAAGCAGAUAGAAAAGAUAAAAUGGAAAGAGCUCUAACGAAGAUUGAAUAAUAUAACACCAAUAAUAACGGUGGGAAUGCAAUGAAAAACAAAAAGGGAAGUGGCCUUGCAAACUUAGAUCCUUUAACUUAGAUUGAUGGCCUCAGCAAAUUCCUCUAAGGCACUUCUGAGAAGCAAUUACUAAGUUAAUCUUCAGCAUUUUCAACUUUUGAUACCUACUCUAUAAAGUCACUUCAAAAAUAGGAUAACAUCAAGCUAGAUCAAAUGAUUACUUUAGCAGUAUUUAAAUCAACAUCUGGCACUGUGAAAAAAAUGCUUCAUGCUCCAUCACUAAGGAUAUUUUGUAUUAAGGAAGUGCCGAUUUCAAGUCGAGACAUGAGAUAAAUGAUCAAAGAAUGGAUUGCUAAAUGGGAACAUCACUGCACGACCGACCAAUAUGUCAAAGUUCACUCUUCAUUCUGGAAUAGUCCAGAAGGAUGUGUUUCAGUUGUAACUGAUUACGCAGGAAACGGAAGUCUGUAAAAUCUUGUUCAAUCUAUUGGUGCACUGCCUGAAAGUAUAUUAAAGCACUUGGCAAAGUAAAUACUGAGAUCUCUGGAUUACUUACAUGAUUAAGGAAUGGCACAUAGUAAUAUAUGCUGCAGUCAAAUACUUUUCGAUCGAAAAGGCAAAGUAAAGAUUGGACCAGGUUUUGCUCAUUUAUUAAGAAUAAAAUCAGACAACCAAAGUACUUUAAAUUAAAACUCGCAUAACUCACUAGUGACAGUGCUAUGUGAAAAUUCAGAAAACUAUAAAAACAAGGGCAAUUUAAUAAAAGAGAAGUUCUCAACAUCAGGUAACAUUAGCCAGCAGUAAAAUAAUAACACAGAAUAAGACAGCGUUCAACUUCAAGAGCUGAAGAAAUUAGAUCUAUUUGAUUUGGGCAUACUAUUGAUAAUAGCAGCAACUGGUGGACUCGAUGUCAUCUCUGAAGAGUCAAUAUCAGGCAUUCAAAAUCUUUCUAAUUCUUGUUGCAUUCUACAUGCUGUUCAGGGCCAGAACAAGUCAAGUUAAUCGAUUCAAUUGAUUCGAAAAAUUCUUAACAGGCUCUCUACCUAAGCAUAGGAUUUUAUUUGUAAAUGCAUGCAAUAAAGAUUCUCAAUGAACGAAAUAAAGAAAGAAGGAAAACCUGCAAAGAUCAUGAGCACGUCUGACAUGCUGACUCAUCCAUGGAUUUUGACUGAACAUGAAGGAGGAGCCAAUGCAGGAGGAAUGGGUAACAAGAAAAAAGUAAGCUAAAUAAGCCAGAUGAACAUUGACUCUAACAACAAAAAUAACAACAUGACAAGUUCCCAGCGAAUGAGAUUGACUCUCAAGGAACUAUUAAAUGUCUCUAGUGAUUGGAAAGAUGUAAAUAAGAAAAAUCCAACCAACGGCAACUAAACUGCCUCAGGAAUGAUCCCAAUGGACUUCUAAUCUUAAUAGAUUGAAAGAAUAGUUGAAGCGAUUGCUUUGACACUGCCAUCGGGCGGAGUUAGCAACAAUUCAAUUAUUGGAGGUAUCGUUGGGACUCUGAGCACUGAGCAAAACUCUACUAGCAGUGUUAGAUACGAAGAUUUUUGUAUUAGAGAAUUAGCUUACGACCUGGGUGUUGACCCUAGAGCUCUGAAAGCUAAAAUCUAAACAAUUUUCAACUAGACUUCGAGUGACAAUGCCCAAAUUGACAAAAUCAAUAGUCUACAAUUUCACCUUUGA